AUGUGCCAUGCCCAUCUCCCGCCUCUCGAUAUUGAUGGCAAGCCGCACUGUCCGAUGUGCGGCUGCGAGUUGAAGCCUAAAUUCUGUUCCAAGGGUCGCGAGGACCACAUAGGCCGAUAUUUUCUCGUCUGCGACAACAAGGCCGGCCAUCCAUUGACAGCGACUGGCAAGGGCCAAUCGUUUUGGCACUGGUACCCUCUGAACGGUGCACCUGAUUGCAUCGUCCUUCUCGCCGACAACUCGUGUAGCCCCGGGUCUUCUCCUUCGUCGUCUCCUCCUCGAGGCGAUCCUGGUCCUAGCACCUCGUCACUACCCACUCUCCCUCCCCUUCCUAGCAUUCUGUCUAGAUCAACCUCGUUGGCUGCUGGUCAGCUCGCACCACAGCCCGCCUAUCCACCGCUCGGCCCAUUCGUCCCAGGUCUAAAGCUCAAGUGUUCAUUCCUCAAAUGCAACAAAUCGGCGCCCAACAAGGCGAACUCACGCUGCGCGAAGACGAUGUGCAAGAAACAUUGUAUUCAAGAUUUCAUCGGCUGUUCCAGCGCCAAGGACCAUCGCCCCGAGUGCGCUGGCAAGCUGCAGCAGGCUAGCUUCGCUGCUCUCGCAGCCGCCGGGUCCUCCACUCCGUCGCUCGCUAGCUCUGCUCCUCGCGCUCCUCGCGCUCCUCGUGCUGCCCCAGCGACUCCGUCGCAGUCGCUGACGUCUUGGCCCGAUCCCACUGACGAAGAAUGGGGUUUGAACCCGCAGUUCGACGACCUCUCUGUGCUCUCAGAGGUCGCUGUCAAUUUUCCCGAAUUUACAUUCUCGUCCGUCGACUCUCCUCCACCCGACAGCCCCGUUCCUCCUCCAUCACUCCCCUCUAGCUUCCUUCCGACUCAGUUGUCCGCCCCCCCUCCCUCGCAGCCUGACGCCCCCGCGCCUUCCCAGCCUCGUACAUUAACAGCAAGAACUGGGCGCUCGUCUCAGCCUCGCGGAUUGUCGACAAGAUCAGCGCCGACUACUCAGCUGAACGACAGCUGGCAGAAGGUUAUCCACGACGUCGUCGUCGAGGAGGACUUGCUCCAGAAGGACGAGCAGGAGCAGCUCUCUCGCGAGGAGGAGAGUUGCCAGGAGAUUGAGCUGAUUACUUAUAUCGAGAAUAACAAACUGCCCAUCAAGCUAGCUCUCCAGGGAUCCAAUGUGCCGUCCCACAGGGACACCUCGCCCAUCCCCCACUGGCCAUACUUCGAUCUCGCAGGAGCCGCAGACAAGACCCCCCAGCUUCCGAAGAUGGACCACAACACGCACGUCGAGUUCUGGGACGGACGCCGGAAGCACUGGAAGGGUGUCAGCGCCUUCCACCGGAUCCCUGUCAAGAACCAGGACGUUCUCGUGUUCCGCAUCAAUGGGACCACUGCGUGCGUCGACGAGAAGACAUACACGUCCCCCUGCUACAAAUCCGGGCUCCCCGCCGACCGCUUGAAGAUACGCGCGAAGCUCAAGGAGCCCGUGCGUUCCAAGCGCGCUAGGUCACCCACUCCAGAGCCCUCAUCGUCCUCGCAGGCCAGCUCCUCGACCUCCCCUGGCAGCCCAUCUUCCUCGCAGGCCUCGGAAGAUGCUCGCUCAAACAAACGACUACGCACCGUGUCCCCCUUCGUAUUAUCGCCAAACCGAGCCGAGCAGAUGCUCGAUCUUGCUUUCCUGGGUGGGCCACAGCCUCCAGGUCCUUCUCACUCCGUCCCACUCCUCCUCGACGAUCCGCGCAUUGGCAACACCCCUUCCCCUCCGGGAACUCUUCGGGAUGCGAGGAUUCGAUGGGGUCAGGCCGAUGAAGAAUUCAAGGAAAAUAUCCGAGCGCCCGCUGACUCCGAUUUGGACAUGGACAAGAAGGAGCGCCUCUGGGACAAAGUCACGGCGACAUACAAGCUCAAGCCCACGCGCUCUCGGCGACAGGUCGCGGAGAUGCACCAGGCGGUCUGCAUCAACGUCGAAACCAGCCCCCCAUCGCUGUAUGCAGAGCUGGGCAGCGACAUCGAGGGCGAUGGCGACGACAUUGUUAUGGUUGAACCUUUGUAG